AUGCCGGAGAUUGACGCGUUGUUUGAAUCGAUCAAUGUCCGGGACCUUCUCGCCGGACACGAUCUCAACGAUCCGACGACUCCAUUAUCGGCGCCGGAUCUCCGUCUCCUCAUAAACCGCUUGGAGUCUCAUUCCCUGCGGAUCAAGUCCAAAGUUCAGUCCUACCUCGUCGCCCACCACUCUGAAUUCUCGGAGCUCUUCUCAACCUGUCAAGACGCCGUCUCGAGGACUCGCCUGAUCUCCGACGACGUCUCCGAUGUCCUGCAAUUGAUAUCCGACCGUCCGAUUGAUGUUGAGAUUCGCAGUGUAGUUGAUGAGAUAACCGAGAAGACGAAAGAGGUGAAAUUGAAGAGAGAAUCGCUCGAUUUAGUGAGUGCGAUCGUCGGAAUCUGCGAGGCAUUGCAGGAAACGAAGGAAGCUCUGAAAGGCGGACGUUUCAGAUUCGCCGCUGAGAGAAUCAGAGAACUGAAAGUCGUGUUGAGGAUUGGUGAAGAGGAAGAAGGAGAGCCUUUGGCCUACAGUUUGCUUAGGAAAGAGUGGUCCGAUUGCUUUGACGAGAUUCAAGAGGUGCUUGCAAAGUUCAUGGAAAGUGCAGUGCGUUUCAAGCUGGACUCGCGUAAGCUUAGGAUUAAUUAUCAGCUAAGCGUUGGUGAGACUACUGGAAUCGCUCUAAGUACUGUUCUCGAGGCAAUGGAGGUGAUUGGAAUGUUAGAUUAUGGGCUUGCAAAAGCAGCUGACUCAAUCUUCAAGCAUGUCAUUACCCCAGCUGUAACUCAUGCAUCUUCCUUUGCCGCUGUAGAAGAUUCAAGUAAAACCUCAGGGGAAAUAACCGAAGCGAUUUUAAAGCUAGAUCAAUCCUCAGAUCAUAAGAUUGAAGAUGUGGAUGGAGAGGCAAUCUAUUCAGGAAUUCUCAAGGUUGUUAAGUUCAUUUGUAGUUCCUUGUGCUUUGGAAACGUUACAUGGAUCCAUUCAUUCGGGAGGUUGACAUGGCCGAGGAUAUCAGAGCUGAUUAUUUCUAAGUUUCUGUCAAAGGUUGUUCCAGAAGAUGCUUCAAAACUUGCUGACUUUCAGAAAAUUAUUGAGCGGACCUCUCAAUUUGAAACAGCUCUGAAGGAAUUGAAUUUUGUUUCGCCAUCUGAUGCGGAGGGAAGGCUCAGCAAAUACGCUGAAGAUGUUGAGGUUCAUUUUGCGUCUAGAAAGAAGAUAGAAAUUCUAGCAAAAGCAAGAAAUUUUCUGUUGCAGUGUAACUUUACGCUUCCCCAGGAGCUUGCUAUGAGGAAUUCCAGUUUUAAGUCUGAUGGUGUGGAUGUGAAUUCUUCCAAGCACAUGGUUCGCUUACUUUUUACAUCUGAAAUGUGUGUGGUGUCUGAAGCUGCUUCUCAACUUAUGCAGUUGGUGCAUAAGACUCUCGAGGAUGUUUGCGUGUCUUCUGCAAGGGUUGCUUCAGAGUUCUACCACGCUGCUCGAGAUUCUAUACUUUUAUAUGAAGCUGUUGUUCCCGUCAAGUUAGGGAAACAACUCAAUGGCAUCAAUCAGGCUGCUGUUCUUCUGCACAACGAUUGUCUAUAUUUGUUCGAAGAGAUACUUGGACUUGCUUUUGAGUAUCGUAGUAGCUUCCCAAGCUCCAUCAAGGAAUAUGCAGUAUUUGCUGACGUAGCCCCAAGAUUUAAAUUGAUGGCAGAAGAAGUUUUACAGAGACAAGUUCAGCUAGUAAUGUCGAGUUUACAAGAGGCUAUAGACGGUGCAGAUGGGUUUCAGGAUACUCAUCAAAUGAAGGAAUUCGAAUCGGCAAAGUUUAGCAUUGAGCAGGUUGUCUUUAGUCUAGAGAAAGUGCAUAUGAUAUGGGAGCCGGUCUUACGGCCCAAAACUUACAAGCAAAGCAUGUGCGUAGUUUUGGAGUCGGUUUUUCGCAGAAUAACCAGAGACAUUCUUCUUCUAGAUGACAUGGCUGCUGAUGAAACUUUUCAGCUGCAAAGACUGAUUCAUCUCAUGUUGGAGAAUCUAUCCUCUUUACUCGGUUCCCUGAAAUCUGCAGACGACACUUCUCGCCCUCUUGAUGAUCUCAUACCAUCUUUGCGCAAAACCCGAAAACUAGCAGAACUAUUGGAUAUGCCUCUUAAGUCUAUAACUUCGGCUUGGGAAAGUGGAGAGUUGUUUAGCUGCAAUUUUACUAGAACUGAGGUACAAGAUUUCAUCAAGGCCAUAUUUGCAGAUUCACCGUUGAGAAAAGAAUGCUUAUGGAGGAUAGACGACUUUAGCCAGUAG